GUCAAAGCUGAAAAAGCAGAAGACAAAGCUGCUGAUGCACCAGGUGAUCGAGAAGCAGAAGUUGGAGAGAGUUCUCAAGGACAUCAUGCAGCUCGAGGCAGAGAAGAACCAAGAGGGAGACGUGGAUCCCGAAGCCGUGAAAGCAAAGGCUCAGGACGCCCUGAAGGCCGCCGAUCUCACCAUGCAGAGGAACAUGACGACUGCUGUG